AUGUCCUUCUUCGAUCUCCUGAAUGAGCGCGCGAAGCACUCGCUGCUCUGCGUCGGCCUCGAUCCCCGCGCCAAGACGGCAGCUGCAGCGGUGAGGGAGUGUAAACACUUGAUUGAGCAGACCCACGAGUAUGCCGCUGCCUACAAGCCGAACGCGGCCUUCUUCGAGUUCUUUGGUGCCGAGGGGUGGGCUGCGCUGUCAGAAGUGAUUCGCGCCAUUCCUGCGGGUAUUCCAGUGGUGCUGGAUGCGAAGCGUGGCGAUAUUGCUGACACCGCUGAUGCGUACGCCACCUCUGCCUUCAAGCACCUGAAGGCGCACGCCAUCACUGCCUCGCCAUACAUGGGUGCUGACAGCCUCCAAUCGUUCCUGCGCUACGCUGAUAAGGGAGUGUUUGUGCUAUGCAAGACCUCCAACAAGGGCAGCAACGACUUACAAUGCUUGCGUGUAGGGGACCGGUACCUCUACGAGGCCGUCGCCGAGCGCGCCGAGGGGCUGUGGAAUGCGAACCGCAACGUUGGCCUGGUUGUCGGGGCAACGGACCCGAUCGCGCUAGCUCGCGUUCGCGCACGUGCGCCGACGCUGUGGUUCCUGGUGCCAGGCAUUGGCGCCCAGGGAGGCAGUCUCAGGGCGAGCCUCGAUGCAGGUCUCCGUGCGGACGGCAGCGGGAUGCUGAUCAACGUAUCGCGCGGCCUCGCGAGCGCCACCGACCCUCGCGCCGCGGCGAAGGAGCUGUGCGAGGCGAUCAACGUGAUUCGCUUCGCUAAGGGCGCCUCUGUGGAACUUGCGAAGGCGCUCGUGGACUCACACUGCGUGCGCUUCGGCAACUUCAUGCUCAAGUCCGGAAAGUCCUCGCCGAUCUAUAUUGACCUCCGCCUCCUCGUCACGUACCCGACCAUCAUGCGCCUCGUGGCUCGUGAGUACGCCAAGGUGCUGCGCCACUACAAGUUCGACCGUAUCGCUGGCUUGCCCUACGCUGCGCUGCCCAUCGCUAGCGCUAUCUCCAACGAGAUGAACGUCCCGCUCAUCUACCCCCGCCGGGAGGCGAAGAGCUACGGCACGAAGGCGUCCAUCGAGGGAGAGUACAAGAAGGGCGAUCGCGUUGUCAUCAUCGAUGACCUCGUCUCCACAGGCGAGACCAAGGUCGAGGCGAUCGAGAAGCUUAAGUCCGCCGGACUCGAGGUGGUAUCGAUAGUGGUGCUGGUAGACCGCGAGAUGGGUGCCAAGGCCUUCUUGAACAAGCUCGGCUACGACUUCGAGGCUGUGGUGGGGCUCUACCAGCUGCUGCCGCUCUGGCGUCAGAGCAACGCCAUGACCUCCCAGCAGGAGGCGGAUGUACGCGCCUUCCUCGGCCAGUGGAAGCCGAGUAAGCUGUAG